AGAGGUUAUAGUAGGACGGUGAAUAUAGGGCAUGCAUGAAUAUUACUCGUCCAUAUUAUUCAUAUGCAGUUAUAAUUCGACAUAUGAUCAUCACCUAAAAUUAUACUCGAGUUGAUCAAUAAGCAGUUAUCUACGAUGGAAUAUUAGAGAAAAGAAAUAGACGAAAACGCGGAGGAAUAUAUUUGAAUAUCAGUUCCUAAGAGGCGACAUCUAUUUGUUUGUAGCUGUUGGUUGGCGCGGAUUCAAAAAGGUCGAAGGAUUUACUGCGAUAACGUCUACAUUUACUGCACAAUCACUCAACAAAACUGAUUUUAUUUUCGUAUGGUGAAUAAGAGUUAAAAACAGCAACAUGUCUGGUUUAUUGAGGAAGUUGCAUAUUCCUGGAGUAAAAAAGCGUGAAAGGCCCGACAGUGAAGCAAGAGUAAAGCUUCAAAAGGAGUUAUUUGCUUUCACCAAGUGCACUGAGCAUGGGUUUCCCAGCAAGCCAAGCGCCACUGCCUAUGAUCCAAAAUUGAAACUUCUCGCAAUCGGCACCAAGAGCGGAGCAGUAAGAAUUGUAGGAGGUCCUGGAGUAGAGUUCGGAGGUCAACACGAAGCUGAGGGAUCUGUCACACAACUAUUUUUCUUACCUGAACAGGGUCGCCUGAUCAGCUUAUUCAGUGACAACUCUCUCCACUUAUGGGAGGUCAACAUCAAAGAUGGCAACUCUGUCUUGGAGAAGGUCAAAGACUUCUCCAUGGAGAAUAGCAAAUUGAAGAACAUCUCCGCAUGUUGUCUAUCCAGUAAUGCAGAGAACCUUCUCUUGGGGACAGAGGGAGGUAACAUCCACCUCUUGGAUGUCAGCACAUUCAGCCUUAGCGAUCAAAUCAUCUACCAGGAUGUUGUCAUGCAAAAUGUCCCAGAUGAUUUCAAAGUGAACCCAGGUGCAGUAGAAGCUAUUGCCGAACAUCCAAAUGAUCCAAACCGCUACCUUAUCGGCUACAAUCGUGGCCUCGUUGUCAUGUGGGACAAUGAGAAAAGCCAAGCCGACCAAACUUACAAUACAACACAGCAACUUGAAUCUGUGACAUGGCACAGAGAUGGUACACAGUUCAUGAGUGCCCAUGCUGAUGGUAGUUACAUUAUAUGGUCCACAGAAGACUCUAAUGAACCCAAGGAAAAGGCUACCACUCCAUAUGGACCUUUCCCAUGCAAAUCUGUCAACAAGGUUCAAUGGAAGACUGCCAAAGCUGGAAACUUCAUUAUUUUCUCUGGAGGCAUGCCCCGUGCCAGUUAUGGCGAUCGUCACACUGUCAGCGUAAUGCAGGGCGGUACACACACAGCUUUCGAUUUCACAUCACGCGUCAUAGAUUUCCUUGCACUGACAACUCUUGAUGAAAUGGAUGCCGAAACUAUCGGAGAUGACACAAUCGCAAAGUAUGAUGAGCCCCAUACACUGUUGGUUCUCUGUGAAGAGGAACUUGUGGCCAUUGAUCUGUUGUCUGAUGGCUGGCCCAGCUUCCAACUCCCAUAUUGCAGCAGUCUCCAUUCUAGCGCUAUCACAACAUCUGCACAUGCUGCCAAUGUACCAGAUGCAUUUUGGGAAAAGGUUGAACAGGCCGGCAAAGCACAAUUUGAAGGAUUCUCAGUUCGGGAAUGGCCCAUCACAGGUGGAACCAACCUUUCAGGGCCUGCCACAUCAAGAGAUAUGCUCCUAACUGGACAUGAAGAUGGCUCCGUUAGAUUCUGGGAUGCCUCCACUACAGAUCUGAAGCUUCUAUACAAACUCACCACCACUGAGGUGUUCGGUGAUGGCCCACUUGACCAGAGCAAUGCAGAGGGAGAUGAGGAAUGGCCACCAUUCAGGAAGGUUGGAACUUUCGACCCAUACAGUGAUGACCCUCGUCUCGGCAUCCAGAAGAUCACAUUGUGCCCCCUUAGUGAGACACUAGUGAUUGCUGGUACAGCAGGUCAGGUGGUCCUUCUUGGACUAGAACGUGAGCAACGCACGACAGAGGUCAGUUCUGUCACUGUAAACAUUGUCAGUGAUAGGGACAACUUUGUCUGGAAGGGACAUGAAGCUCUGAAAGUGCGAGCCGGAGAUGUGAAAUUUGAGGCAGGUUUCCAGCCAUCUGUUGUGAUGCAGCUACACCCCCCUGCGGCUUGUACCGCUCUGGCAGUGCAAACUGAGUGGCAAUUGAUUGCCGCUGGAACUGCCCAUGGAUACGGUCUCUUUGACUAUGCCCAAAAGAAGGAAGUAGCCACAAAGUGCACACUUAACCCACAGGAUUUAACUGGGACUGGGGAGAGUGCCAUGUCUCGCCGUAAGUCAUUCAAGAAAUCACUUAGAGAAUCAUUCCGCCGCCUCCGUAGAAAAAAAGAAAGCUAUGAAGUUAAUGCCAAGAAGAAGGAAGAACCAAAACCUAAAGAAGAGGAACCAGCAAAGGAAGCAGAAAAGACUGAGGAGAAGAAGGAAGAAGAGGGGGCUGAAGCUCCAGCAGUUGAGGGAGCCGAGGCAGCAGCUCCUGCCCCAGCUGAGCCAGAACCCGCACCUGCAGCUACCCCACCACCCAAGGAGGAACCUGCAGCCCCUGCCCAAUCCGAAGGACGACGAACCAUUGAGAGACAAGUUGAAGCUAGACCAGUUGAUGACUCCAUGGGAUCUAUGGUCCGAUCUCUCUAUUUCUGUGACACUUUCAUACUUCACGAUAAAGCCACACAUAACACCUUAUGGGCUGGCACCAACAAUGGAAACAUAUUUGUCCACACACUCACAGUUCCAGCAGCUGACAAACGAGGAGAAGACUCUGUUGUCUGCCAACUAGCACGUGAAAUUAGACUGAAGCACCACGCUCCUGUGAUAUCUAUUGCUGUGAUUGAUGGCCGCGCUGCACCCUUGCCUGAUGCCCUUGAAGUUGCCAAUGAGAGAGCAAAGGUACCAGAAAACCACGACCACAAAGUUGUCAUAGUUUCCGAGGAGCAAGUGAAGAUUUUCACCCUACCCAACUUGAAGCCGUACGGCAAAUUCAAGCUGACAGCACAUGAAGGCAGCAGAAUUCGCAAAGUUGGUUUCACAUCAUACAGAAGUAGAAGUGAUGAAAACUACGCAGAAACUGACAUUAGUGUUUUGACCAAUCAGGGAGACCUGAAUAUUUACACCUUGCCUGGACUGCGUCGCCAGUUGAACCAAAAUGCCAUUAGGAAGGAAGAUGUUGUAGGUAUAUCAUCAGCUGUAUUCACAAAGAAUGGCCAAGGUUUCUACCUUGGGUCACCCUCGGAAUAUGUGCGAUUCUCCCUUUCUGCACGCUACACUAGUACACCCCUGUGUAUGGUUGAACUGAAGGAGGGCAUGAGGCCACCACCCCCAGAACCAGAACCUGAAGCAGAACCUGAGGUGGAAGCAGCCGCAGCUGAAGAGACACCCGCAGCUGAAGGAGAUGCUGAGGCCAAACCAGCAGAGGAGAGCAAAGAGGGUGAUGAAGCUGUUGCCGUAGUAACCGAAGCUGUUGCUGCAACAGCACUCGAUGAUAGCCGCGUUGAGGAAAACGCUGGAGAUAUAACACAAGAUAGUGUUCAAGAACAUCUUAUUACUGAGGCUACUACCACGACCACUGAGUUAGUAGAGGGAGGCACUUCAUCAGAGGUUAUAACAUCAUCAACUGUUACCACAACAACCAUCAUCACUGAACAACGUGUUGAGGGUGCAGUCGUCACAACAACAGAAGAACAAGUCUCCUCAGAAAACACUAGCACAGACCCCCAACCCAUCGUAGAAGAACCAGAUGAUCAACUAGAUGCAGGAAAAAUAAUCGAAAAUGUGACAAAAACAACUACUACUGUUGUCAAGGAAACCAGUGAUGUAGUAAAGGUUAAUGAUGAGACUGUUGCUGAAAAUGAAGAGACAGUGAGUGAACAAUUAGAGGAGUUAAGAAUCACAGAAGAAGGAGAUGAUAAUGUAGAAACUUCUAGUAAACCAGAUGGGGAUUCAGAAACUUCUAGUAAACCAGAUGGGGAUUCAGAAACUUCUAAUAAACCAGAUGGGGAUUCAGAAACUUCUAAUAAACCAGAUGGGGAUUCAGAAA